AAAAUUUUGUGCAGCGAAAAAAGGACGGAUAUGAAAGUCUGGUAACUGGAAACUAAAACCAAAAAGCCUGACACAAGUAAACGAAUAAAACAACACUGUGUUUCUCUACAUGAGUCUCGUGCUCUUGGAUUCCUUUCAUUCCUUGAAAUUAAACGGUUUCUUGUACCUUUAAUUCUCUCUAAUUAUACUAGAUCUUUGCAAUUCCCACUUACCCAUCUCUUUUCGAUCCUGCAGGUUUCUGGCUAAAUGUGUCGAAGACGAGAGUAAUGGCAGCAGCUGAAGCAAGGGCUGUCUGGCAAAGAACAGCUAAUCGUUGCUUUGUCCAAGAAGAUGCCAAAAGAGCUCCCAAGUUAGCUUGCUGCCAAUCAUCAUCUUCAUCUAAACAGGCUGAUUCAAGCCCCACCGGUGCAGCAGAUGCGUGUGAUCACCCUGCAGUAGGUUUCAUGCCUCUCAACAGGAGCCCUUCCUAUUCCAAUUUACCUCCUGAUAUGAGGUGGUGGCUUCAGCUGCAGCCUAGCUAUGGACCUCAAAAGGGUUUAACAAGUGAGCAGUUACAUGCCUUAGAGGAUGACGUGGAAAGUUUGAAAGCUGAAAUUAAAUCUCCCUCCAAAGUAAGUGGAGUUCAUCUGCAGGAUGCACAAGCUGCUACAGGUGUUGACAGGAAUAGUGACAAAGGAUAUUCUCUUGAUUCAACAGAGAUAGUAAAAAACUAUGAAUUUUUGGAGAUGGAAUCUGUUGAAUGCCCAGUUUUCAAAAAAACGAAUGACUUAUGCUAUGAUCCAGAGUCCCCCUGGGUUGAAGGUGGGAAGGGUGAGCCAUGGUGGCGCACAACAGAUAAAGACGAACUGGCCUCCUUGGUUGCGCAAAAGUCAUUGGACUUUAUUGAGAAUUGUGAUCUUCCCCCACCUCAGAAGAUGCAUGUGAGGAGGUACUCACAUGCAUGUUCUGGUUCUUCUGACGGUGAUGAAGUAUCUUCUUUGGCAUGGAAGUCCCAAACAGGCCCUAUUCCCAGACCAAUUGUGAAUUCACAGGCCUUUACUGAUUCUGUAAGAACACAUGGAAGAUUGAUGUCUUCAGUUGGCGAAGGGAAGAUCCAAUGUGCUUCUGACACAUCAUUCAGUACAACUAAAGAGGAUACUGUGGAGCAAGUUACCGAGUCUGAUCCUACUAAGGCUCAGCUACUUGAAGCACUUUGUCACUCACAAACACGUGCAAGAGAAGCUGAGAAGGCAGCAAAGCAAGCCUAUGCAGAGAAGGAACAUGUCAUCAAGCUGUUCUUUAAGCAAGCAUCACAACUCUUUGCCUACAAACAGUGGUUCCAAAUCCUGCAGCUGGAAGCCCUUUAUGUCCAGAUCAAGAAUAAUGAGCAGCCAGUCUCCACUCUCUUCCCUACAGUCCUUCCAUGGACACCCUACAACAGUAGGAAAUUGCGGAAGAGCUGGCAAAAGACUGGAAAAGCUAGACGAGUGAAGAAUGGCCAACCUAGACCAGACAUAACCAAGUAUGCUGUUGCUUUUGCUUUGGGACUGAGUCUUGUUGGUGCUGGUUUGCUGUUGGGAUGGACUGUGGGGUGGAUGUUGCCUUUCUAGACAAUUAACAAAGUUUCAACCUAAUCCCCUUGCUGCGGGAAAGAUUGUUUUGUGACAAAAGAAUGAUCAAAUUAUAUUUAUUUUCCGUAUGUAAGGUUUUUUGGUCACUUAAUUUUACAUGUAUUAGCCCCUGUAUAUUGUAUGAGUAGUUUUUCACUUUUCCUUAGUUGUAUUAUUUGUAGGUCUCUGUCUGAAAAGUAGUGUACUUGGGUGUGUAGAUGAUUUGGUGGGCUGUUGUGCAUAUAUUGGGUGAAAAUGUCCUUAGACAAAGUAUCUCAUGAAAUUUCUCUUCGGUAAAUUUAUCAAUGUGAUGGGAAAUUUGUUCAGUGUCAAUUAAUUGAACAGUUGCGGAUUCUAAA